AUGAUCACGUUACUUCUCACUUUCACUACCAUUUUGAACCUCUCACUUGUGGUCGCAAAACAAACAGAAACAUAUAUUGUCCAACUAAGCCCUCCCCCUGACCACAUAUUUGCAAAAUUCCAAGACCUUGAAAGCUGGUACAACACAUUCUUGCACAGAAUUGCUAGGGAUUCGGAUGAGAAACCACAGAUGGUUUACUCAUAUCGUAACGUACUCAAAGGGUUUGCAGCAAAACUGACGGUUGAGCAAGCAACCGAAAUCAAAAAAAUAGAUGGGGCGAUCUUAGCCCGACCUGAAAGGGUAUUGUCGUUACAUACAACGCAUACUCCUAACUUUUUGGGAUUGCACCAGAAUUUUGGUUUUUGGAAAGGUUCAAACUAUGGUAAGGGCAUCAUUAUUGGCAUGCUUGACUCCGGGAUUACUCCGAAUCAUCCUUCUUUUAGUGACACGGGCAUUGGCCCUCCACCAGCUAAAUGGAAAGGAAAAUGUGAGGUGGCGGGGUGUAACAACAAAUUGAUUGGUGUUAGGAACUUUGUUAGCAGUAGUACCAGUUCACUGCUAGAUGAAGUGGGGCACGGAACGCACACCUCAAGUACUGCGGCUGGUAACUUUGUUGAAGGAGCAACCGCACUAGGAAAUGACAAUGGCACUGCUGUAGGGAUGGCUCCGCUUGCACACUUAGCAAUGUAUAAAGUAUGUAACAAGACUCUUUGUGGGGAGAGUGAUAUGUUAGCUGCUAUGGAUGCAGCUAUUGAAGAUGGUGUAGACGUGCUUUCUCUCUCGAUUGGUGCACGAUCCCAACCUUUUUAUAGCGACUUGAUCGCUGUUGGUGCAUUUGCUGCGAUACAAAAAGGGAUAUUUGUGAGUUGUUCUGCAGGAAAUUCUGGGCCAUUAAAUUCUUCAUUGUCCAAUGAGGCUCCAUGGAUUCUCACAGUUGGUGCUAGUACAGUUGAUAGAAAGGUAACCGCUACAGUAAAACUUGGAAACGGGGUGUUAGUAGCGGGCGAAUCGCUUUCGCAGCCUAAAGAUUUCCCAGAGACCCUCUUGCCUCUUGUAUAUCCGGGAAUGAGUGGCGAUAUAAACGCCACAUUUUGCGACACCCCAGAAUCUUUAAACAGUACAGAUGUAAAAGGAAAGGUAGUUAUUUGCCUGAGGGGUGGUGUCACAGGAAGAAUCGCAAAAGGGAAGAUAGUAAAAGAUGCUGGUGGCGCUGCUUUGAUAGUCGCAAACACGCAGAAAGAUGGUGCUAGUAUUGUAGCUGAAGCCCAUGUACUCCCUGUAUCAUAUGUUAAUUACAAAGAUGGACUCAAAAUUCUGGAAUACUUGAGUUCAAGUUCAUCACCAGUUGCUACCGUCAUAUUCCAUGGAACUGUCAUUGGAGAUAAAUCAGCUCCUCAAGUGACAGCUUUCUCUUCAAGAGGACCUAAUCUAGCAAGUCCUGGAAUUCUGAAACCCGACAUUAUUGGGCCCGGAGUUGACAUUCUUGCAGCAUGGCCUACCACUUAUGAUAACACAACAACAGCUUCCCCCUUUAAUGUUAUUUCAGGUACUUCAAUGUCUUGCCCUCAUCUUAGUGGUAUAGCGGCAUUAUUGAAAAGUGCACACCCUGAUUGGUCUCCUGCUGGAAUCAAAUCCGCUAUCAUGACCACUGCUGAUCUGAUCAACCUUAACAACCAACCAAUUCAGGAUGAAAGAGAGCUUCCCGCCAGCAUUUUUGCUAUUGGGGCUGGCCAUGUCAAUCCAUCAAAAGCUAAUAACCCUGGACUCAUUUUCGAUAUCCAAGCUGAUGAUUACAUACCUUACUUGUGCGGAUUAGGAUACUCAAGUGCACAAGUUACAACCAUCGUCCAAAAGCAAGUUUCUUGCUCAAAUUUAACAAGCAUCCCUGAAGCACAACUAAAUUAUCCUUCAUUCGCAAUCACACUAAGUGGUAAUGUGAGAAAAUCAUACACGAGAACAGUGACCAAUGUUGGGGAUGCUAAUUCAUCUUACACAGUGAACAUUGUCAAAGCCCCAGGUGUGAGUGUUACCGUGUCACCUUCUACACUCAUAUUUACGGCAGUUAACCAGAAAUUGUCAUACCAAGUGACAUUCAUCCCUGCAGGAUCUCCUCCAAAUCAGUUUGUUGAAGGGGCCCUUGAAUGGAACUCCAAAUGGCACUCGGUUAGGAGUCCCAUUUCUGUCAAAUAUGUUUUGAGUGAAUAG